AUGCAGGCGGAGACAGGGUUGGUGGACGAGGCUGAGGAGAAAGCUUUGUAUGGUGCUGAGGCGAACGAGAGCGAGGAGGAGAGAGAAGAGGAGACAGCAGCAGCAGCAGCAGGAGCAGCAGCAGCAAGAGACAAAGACGACGACAGAAAAAAAAUAAAUAAAACAACAAAUAUAUUUUCUGCAGAUGAAGAAGAAGACGAAGAAGAAGAAGACAGCUCUGACGCAGAGUUUGAUCAGCUGCUGGAGGAAGCCAUCAAAGAAGCAGCAGAAGAAGCAAAAAGCCGCAGAGUGCCGCAGCAGUUGUCUUCGCUUAGAAUACCCUGGGCCUUGCUCAAGGAACAGCAGCAGCAGCAGCAGCAGCAGCAGCAGCAGCAGCAGCAGCAGCAGCAGCAAGAUAGCCAAACGCCAGCAGCAGCAGCAACACCAGCAGCAGCAGCGGCACAAUCCACAGAAGAAGAGGAAAAAACUAAAAGCCCCAAUUUAGUGACGCUGCGGCUGCUGCAGCGCCGACCCGAGAAGCGGGGUAAGGUGCUGCUGCGGCCUUUGGCGCUGCCAGCAGACAGUGCGUUGCUGCAGCACGCGCAGCAGCAGCGGGAGCAGCAGCAGAAGCAGCAGCAGCAGCAGCAAGAAGAACAAGCGAGGAUAGAGAAGUUUGUGUUGCAUAGCGUAUUGGGGCCCUCAGCUGCCAAUGGCGCCGAAGACGUGGAGUUCACAGCCCCUGUUGACAUUCUGCGUCGAGCAGGCGUAAAGGUUGUCGUGGCCAGCCUCGGUGACUCGCUUAUUGUAAAGACAGCACAGGGCCUCCGCAUCGAAGGAGAGAUGCCGCUCAAGGACGUCUCCGAGUCCGAUCACUACGACGUUAUUGUUAUUCCUGGCGGGCUUAAGGGGGCGGAGAACUGCCGCGACUGCCCACACCUAACGUCGCUGCUGAAGGCGCAGCACGCAGCAGGUCGAUGGAUUGCAGCUAUCUGUGCUUCGCCGGCUCUCGUGCUGGCUCACCACGGGCUGCUGGAGGAUGUUAAGGCCGUUGCUUAUCCCUCUUUCAUGAGCCACAUAAAGAACAAGUGUGAUAGCCGCGUCUGCGUCGAUAAGCACUUCACUUUCCUUGACUUGCAGAAAUGCAAACUUGAAUUUGUUGUAUUUACCUCCAUGGGUCCCGGCAGCGCGAUCGAGUUCGCCCUAGAGAUCGUGAAACAUCUCGUUGGCGAGGCAAAAUAUAAAGAAUUACGAAGCGGCCUUUGUGUUGCUUGA